AGUGGAACAUAAUUGCACUCCUUUGAUGUCGGUAGAGUUUUUUUCAGAUUUGUAUUACUUUUGAAGAUGAUGCCGUGGAAGUUAAAUAAAUCAAAAAUAUGGGAUGAUCACAACAUCCGAGGAAAUGAGAACAAGAGUUAUUUCCGUCAUGAUAACAUUAGAAGAAAUAAUAAUGGAUCUAAUAUUGGUCCCAUUAAGCAUUGCAUAUCAUUUAAGAAUGAAAGAUUUAACAAUAGGGAAAAGUGGCAUAAAUUACCACUGAUAAAUUUUAAGAAUAGUUUUCUGAUUGGCUCAAACAAAGAUUCAAGACAAGUGAUAAUUGUUCCAAGAGAUAGGGAUCAAGAAAACAGAGCUUGGCAAAUCAUGUCUCAGAAGACAAAUAAUUUUAUGCCAAACAGAAAUUUAAAAAGAAGUCAAUCAGAUUCUAUAUCGCAUUCUCUUCCUGUGGUAAACUCCAAUUAUUAUAGAAUUAUUAUACCAUAUGGUUCUAAAUACAAGAAAGAUGAUGUAAUAAGAUCCCUAUUGAAUUUUAUGGCUCAAAUCUUUGUUCCUAUAAUGUAUAAGGUGAUAGGAAUGGAAGCUAGUUUCUAUGUAGAUGAUUUUAAGAUGGCAAAUGCAUUGGUAAACUGUGAUCGCAAGAUUAUAAUGACUGAUGGGUUUAAAUUGCAAGUAAAACUAGGGCAACGUAAAGAAUUUCCGGUAUGUGAGAUUAAUGACAAGUUGAAGGAACGAUUAAAGCAAGCAAUGGAAAAGAGAUACAUCCGAGAGACAAAUGCUUUAGAUUUAUCCAAAUUUCAUCUAGAUCCAGAUCUUGUCUCUGAUUAUUUUUGUGCAUUGUUUCAUCCUGAUAUAUUGAUGACUGUGUUAAAUAUUGUGGCCGAAUAUAUACCGAAUUUGGAAAUCUUAAACUUAGAAGACAACAAAUUACAGAAUAUCGAAAGACUUAGUAUAUUAAGUGAUAAAUUCUUAAAAUUGAAAAUUUUUUACAUUGGUAAAAACAAAAUCAGAGACAUCCAGCAGCUUGAUUCCAUUAAGAAUCUGGAACUCAGUGAAUUGAAGUUAACUGGGAAUCCCGUGUGCUACAAAUAUAAGUCUCGGCAAAGUGAUUAUGUUAGUGAUGUCCGGAAGCGAUUCCCAAAACUAAUGCAUUUAGAUGGCAUGGAAUUGCCACGACCGAUCGUCUUCGAUGUAGAUGAAACUAAAAUUCCCUCAUCACAGAGAAUAUUUGUUACCGAUGUCACAGCGCGAGAGAUUGCGGGUGGUUUUUUGCAACAGUAUUUCACGGUAUUCGAUAGUGAGAAUCGCCAAGCCUUACUUAAUGCAUAUGACAAAGAUGCUUGCUUUAGUAUGACUAUAACCGAUUCUUACAAAUUAAAUGGAUAUUUUAUGGAAAAUCGGAAUUUAUUGAAAAUAAAUGACACGAACAAAAGACACAAGUUAUUGAAACAGGGUAGAUUACCCGUAGUUUCUCUAUUAUCAGAAAUGUCACGAACAAGGCAUUUGCUAAAUACUUUUACUAUGGACAUCUCUCUUGUUACACAAGCAAUGAUGUUCAUCACACUAACGGGUUAUUUCCAAGAGCUUAACAAGAGGGAUGAACCGAUUCGCCAUUUCAAUCGGACAUUCAUGAUCGUUCCGGAAGGUGAUGGAUACUGUAUUCGGAAUGAGCAGUUGCAUAUCAGUCAACCGCCUGAGGCGCAACUGAAGCAACUACGUCAGCAAUUGAAUCAGCAAUUAAAUAAUCAGCAAACUCAGCAGACACCUGCGGUAGAAGUCGGAGAAGUCGCAAGAGUCGCGACAAUGGAACCCAGCGAGGAGAUAAAACAGCAGAUGACAGUAACGUUAAGUCAACAAACGACUAUGAAUCUGGAAUGGAGCUUGAAAUGUUUACGAGAAAUGGAGUGGAACUACGGGAACGCACUCUCCGCUUUUCAAGAAUUUUAUAAAUGUGGACAGAUACCACUAGAAGCGUUCACGAAGUAGAUACAUGUGUGAGUAUAUAAUACUCAUCACUAUGAUAAUGACUA